AAGUGCAGUGGGGGCGGGAAGGUUGUAGAGCUGCACGUUGCGCUCUGUCUGCCGGUUCUGAAGUGGUCGCGCCCCCUCGGAGAGUGCGACCCGGCGGUGGGGCGGCCCCUGGCGCUCCCGCGUCUGGGGUGAUUGGAAAAUCCUGACCAACUGCCACCGAACAUAGUUAAAACGGAAAAUAGGAAGAUGGCAGCAAACCCUUCAGGACAAGGUUUUCAAAACAAAAAUAGAGUUGCAAUCUUGGCAGAAUUGGACAAAGAAAAAAGAAAAUUACUAAUGCAGAACCAGUCUUCAACAAACCACCCUGGAGCUAGCAUUGCCCUCUCGAGACCCGCCCUUAAUAAGGACUUCCGGGAUCAUGCUGAGCAGCAGCACAUUGCGGCCCAACAGAAGGCAGCGCUGCAGCACGCACAUGCACACUCAUCUGGAUACUUCAUAACGCAGGACUCCGCAUUUGGGAAUCUUAUCCUUCCUGUUUUACCUCGCCUGGACCCAGAAUGAAGAAGUCAUUUGUAGUGACAUUGACUUUGUGAUAUCAAAAGCCAAAGGUACUAUCUUUCAGUGCUAUACAAACUGUGACUUUCAGAAUUCGGUGAACUUCUGUUUUUUACUUCUUUAAAAGAAAGGUAUGUAUAAGUGAAAGAAAAGAGGCAAAAGAGGGCACCGGGAGCUUCGGAAGCCGAACUGUCUGAGGAUUGAUGCUGCUGCUGUCACUGUAACCGUUGGUAAGGCAGUUUGAUUUUAAGGCUAAGUCUGGCUCUGAAUUAGAUGGUCACAGGAACUCACCCCUCUCCCGCUCCCCGGCUGGUGGGACUGAGUACAUCAUGUCCACAGUAGACUUAUAAGAGCCAUUUAUAGUACUUAACUUUAAAGAAAUGAGGGUGCUUUUUAAAAUGUGAACCAAAAGGCUUCAAUAAGUUACAUUCAUAUUUGCUCUUUAUAGAAUUGAUAUCCGUGUACCUUUUUGAGUUUAUAGUCAACAUAUCAUCCUGAAAUACUCCUUAACUCAUGACUAGUUUCCUUAUUCUCAAUUUUAAAAGAAAUCCCAAGGUUAAGUUACCAACCAGUCUGAAACAUCAUUUAUAAACUUGUGCCACUAUAAAUUAGGUGACAAAGUGCUAUUAAAAACAAUGAUAUGAAACGUGGUGGUUUUAAAUUUUAUACAGGCUCUUAUUUAGUGUUACUACAAUGGUGUGCCUGCGUGCUUUGAUUGUCUUUUUGUUCUGAUUGCAAAUGUGUGCAAGUUGAUGCCCUUUUUAAUUACUUUACGAGGAAGGAGUUGGUUUAAGCAGUUUCUCAACAUGACACAUCUUUAACAGAAUCUGGAGUGCUUAUCAGAAUCUCUUAAUUCAAAAUAAAGUCUGAAAACCGCGGGUUAGAGAAUUCAUUUUUCAUUAUAUAUAUUUAUAAAUUCAUAGAUUUGUAGGUCCCUGAGCCUUAGAGGUAGGUCAUUUAGCUAAAAUCUACAUUAUUGUACUUCUAAUAGGAUUCAAGUUAUAUUUUACACUGUAUCACAGAGACAGUAUUUUUAUAACUGCUUAUAAAUGACCUCAUCUUGGCCUUGAGUCCCCAUCCUCUCUAGUGGUAGGAUAAAAUUUAAAUUUAAAAUUCCAGUUGGGUCAAUAUUUAAUCAAAGUUCAUCUCCCUUUUCAAAAAGUCUCUUCUCCCUCCUCCCCUAGACAUUUGCACCCCUCCCCCCCACAGCCCCAUCUUACCCAAACUACUUAAAGCAGAAGCGGACAAUUCCAGACUUGUCUGUGCCGCUGAGGUUCUUUCUCUUGAGAAUCUGAAUGGAUUUUCAUUUGGGUGAGUUGGCAGCUGUCCCCAUUGUAAUGGUCACCGUUACAGCGAAGGUGCCCUGACCCUACUGCUGAGCAGCUCCCCAGGGGCUCUGGCCCCUGUCCUGCCUCAGGUCUUGCCAGCUUCCUUAGAGCGGCCCUCAUUUCCUUGAAUUUGACUGUUUCUCUUCUUUGUGAUACACCUAAAUCCGUGGUUCUAAAUCUAUCUACUUGAUGCUAGGGACAUAGAGAAUUUGGAUUGUAGUUUUUAUACUAUCACAGCCUCUAUCUAGUGUGUGACUUUUAUAACUUAGGUUAAAGAGAUCUUCUUCCCAGCGAUAUCUUUUCUAGUGUCUUAGCCUUUUAAAUACAUGUUGCCUAAAUCCUGCAGUCCUGGCUAGUAAACCCUUCCUCACCCCCUCCCUUACGUCACUUUCAAAUUCAGUUCAGUUCCCUAUGUGCUGAUUAAUAUCUACUCUGUAAAACACUGUGCUUUGGAAGGGAAAUGAUGAGUGAUACCUGCUCUUAAGGAGGUCACAGUGCAGGAGCCUACUCUGGUGCAGCGGUAAUGAUAUGGAAGCCAGGUGCAGUGAGUGGCACGGGAGAGGUGACCUGGAGCAUGCAGCAGUCUCGAUGGGCCUAGAAAUACUGGCAUGAUCUUACCUGGCAAAGGAGGGAAGAGCUGCUCCGGGGCAAGAUUUACUAAUCAGAGAGCAGCAGGAACCAAGGCACUUGUGAGGACUACAGAGGAUGUGGGGAAGGGCAGCAGUGGACUCAGUCUGAAGCCCUGAGAUGAAGUUUCAUUUUUGCUUCCCUUGGAUUAUGGUGAAUUUGCCUAACUCGCUUAACCCCUCUUUACAUGUCACUCCAUCCCAUCUGUGAUGUAGGAACAGAACAUGCUCUGUCUACUUCAUCAGAGUGACACAGCAUGUGGUGAUAGGAGGUUUUGUUCCAUGAAGCUUCUGUUUCUGUGUUUAAAGUGUUAUGUGUUGUACUUAUGUUGCUUAUUGUAUGUUCCACCAGUAGGUAAGGUCUCUGAAGGCCAGAGUUUUUGUUUCCCUCCGGCCGUCUUUGUUUACUACUGUAUUCUGCUUAGAAUCGUGUUUGGCAUGUAGUACCUAUGUGUUGAAGGAAGGAAGGAAUAUAUGUGACCUGGAUAGUGAUGUAAAGGGUAUUGUUUUCUUUACUUUGAGUCAUGGUAAUAAAGUUUGAAAGCCACUGCUAAAUAAUACUGAUGAUAGAGCUUUGUAUGAUUCUGGAAUAAAAACUGAAAUGACAUAAUUUCAAA